GGAGACCGCAUCGCUCGACGGUGCAGAUGAAUUCCCGUGUUCCUACCACAAAUAAGGCACUGCGGAGCACCAACAGCAGCGCCACGGCGAAUACUGGUGGGGUGCUGCGGAGCUUUACUGCCGCGAAUAAGCCGGGGUUCAUGCCAGAUAUUAAGAGGCUGCGCAGGCCAACCCUCCCAGAUGACCUUUUGUGCGAGAUCCUGAUUCGGCUCCCAGUGAAAUCUCUCCUACGGUUCAAGUCAGUGUGCAGGACCUGGCACGCCACCAUCUCCAGCCGAUCAUUCAUCAGCAUGCACCUCCAGCGCUCAGUGUCCAACCACCAACGCCAUCCAUGUUUCCUGCUCGCCCCUCAUUAUCUGACAGAAGGAUCAAGCGAUACCAGUCUAUACAGGUGGCAAAAGGGUCAAGCCAGCGCAAGUCUUGUAUACACACUGAACUUUGAAGGAGACUUUGAUUCGGUGCAAGUAUACAUGCUUGGACAUUGCAAUGGACUUGUGCUAGUGCCCACGGACGCAAAAAUGUACGUCCUCAACCCCUCCACUAGGGAGCUUCUUACACUGCCUGAGAGCAUCCGCAGCUUGCUACAACCAUCCUCUCUAUGUCGCGCCAUUGUUGGUUUUGGUCUUGAUUCGUUCGCAAACAAGUACAAGGUUGUCCGGUUUUUUAAAUAUUCACCGAAUGAGACCCGCAUGGGAAUGGACAUUUGUACAAUCAGUGAAACCGGCAGCGCAUGGAGACACACUGUUGUAGAUCCACCAUACCCUAUUAUUGGUUGGCAAACUGCCACCUUCUUCCAGGGCUCUCUUUUUUGGAUCCUCGAUGAGCCGGAUCUCAUACAAUCUCCAGAGAGCCGAUUGCUUCGGUUUUGCUUAAAAGAUGAAGUAUUUAGCUUAACUAUGCACCCCCCGUGCCCUGCUCUUGACCAUGAUAAGUUUGUCUUAAAUGAGCUAGAAGGUGAAUUGUGCCUAGCUCAAUUUGACUCUUCAAAGCGAACAGUGAUCUGGAUGACAAGUGAUGCUGUGAACCCGCAAUGGUAUCGCCGAUGUGUUCUUAAUCUUGAGCCCUCCCUCGCUAUAGGGAUUUCACACCGUGGAGUACUUUUGGUGGAUCUGAACCGUGUCUUUGAGUAUGAUUUCCAAAGUCAGAAAACAGAGGAUGUGGCUCACUUGGAUGGCCUAAAGUAUGAUGAGCCUGGGUUAUGCACCGUAAAGUGUGUGUGUCAAAGUUCGUUACAGUGCGUGCGUCAAAACUGGUUGUUCAUCGAUAAGGAGCCUCCGGAGAUGAUCGAGGGCGAGGAGACCGACGAGGAGGAAGAGGAGGACAAGGGCGAGCGCACGGAGUCGGACUCCAAGGCGCCCAACCAUGAAGCUGCAGGCCGCGCCUGGGGCACGAAGAGAGGGGCAGCAUCCUCCUCGCAGACAUCCCCGGAGGAGGAAGAGACGACCUCCCCGCCGGAGGGGAGAGCGGCUGCUGGCCGACCCGAUGAGCCGCAGCCCAAGCGACUGCGCCAGACCAUCUUGGAGGGUGGAAUGGGGCUUCAGCGUCCACUCGGGGCCGCGCUCAGGGCGGAGGAGCGAGUCCAACCGGGUGUGAAGACGCUGCCGACGGUGAAGGCCAAACAGAAGGUUUUUAAGAAGUCCGCGCCCGCACGCGGGGCGGCCACGACGAAGGCGGCCGAGGCGAAGAAGGCGGCCGACGAGGCGGCCGAGGUGAAGAAGGUGGCGGACGAGGCCGCCGGGGUGAAGAGGGUGGUGGACGAGGUCUCCGGUGACGCGACAGCGGCGCAGGCGGAGGCAGCGGCUGCGAAGAAGGCCGCUGACGCCAAGGCCGCAAAGCAGGCUGCGGAGGCCAAUGCGGCGAAGAAGGGCGCUGAGGCCGAGGCGGCGAAGAAGGCGACUGAGGCCGAGAAGGCCACAUCGUCGAAGGGCUCAGAGGCCGAGUCGCCAGACGUGGCGACCUUGGUGCUCAAGGAGUGA